AUGUCAGAUUCUGCCAACCGGCUACUUGAUGAUCCCCCAGAUGUGGAGCGGGCAUCGACGCCUCGCGAGCCAGCCCCUCGGAGUCCUGGAACACUCGAGAAACCAAAAAGAUCAUCAUUCUCCUUUAUUGCAUCGAUCAGAAGCUCAUUUACAGUCGCGGGAAAAGAUAUACGCUCCAUACCACGAUACAAAUCGUCAAAAUUACGUCGUUUGCUAUGGGAGUUCCUGGCCAGUAUUACGAUUGUGUCUUUAUUGAUUGCAUUAUUUUUCUUGACUUUUCGGGUGAACUUGCAGAGUACGGAUCCUUGUGGACCGGAUGGAGAUUUCCGCCUCAAGACGGACCAAGAUGACUAUUUCAUUUACAACAGUAAUUUGUGGGCAUUAUCAGGAUUCUUUGAAGUCACUCUUGGUUGGGGCGAAUUCGACUUUACCACCGCGAAACUUAUCGAUGUGGCAUGGGACUUGGUCAUUGGUAGAGGAGGCCAGGCCAUCAUGUCCCUGAUCGCCUGGAGAGUAUUCACAGAAUAUCUGGAAGUGUCUCUGGCAACAAAACCAGCGACAUACACGACAGUAUGGCUGCUGCGAUUCCACCAAGAUACUUCUGUGCUAUCUUCGAUUCGCCUUUUUUCCCAAUUCUUUCGUCGGGGCCUUGCCUCAAAGCUCGCCAUGUGGAUCAUGGCCCUGACACUUUCUUUCAUCCUGGCAUUUCCUACUAUUGCUGGCUCGAUGACCGGAUACACCGCGUUCAACGACCUCUAUAUAACUUCAAGUGAUGAUAGGUUAUUUCCCUUUAAUAGUGUCAGGCCAAUCGCGUACGUCGUCCAUGAUGGAGACAGGACAGCCAAUUUCACAAAAGACUACAUCGUUCCCUGGAGAUCAGGCAUAACAUAUGCACGCAGUGGCCGAAAAAUGAUGUUUUGGGACUUUUGUUUCGGUUACAAUGAAACAUGGUACGAUGGAACUUGUGAUUUGCAACGGAAUGUGUCAUAUUAUAUUCAGCAGUACGGUUUUAAUUCGCCAGGGAACGAGAGAACCCGUUCUGGAGAUAAUAUGACCGAGUUUUGUGGCGAAACAAUAGAUGGACCGCCUCUCAAUAUCUCUGCAUAUUAUCUUCCAGAUGACUUCUAUUGGAGGUCGAAUUCAAGCAAGAACGCAACCAUAAAGACGAAUCCGUACCCGGACAGGACCAAGAUGCUGUUUACUGUCGACAAUGACAUGUACAACUUGACCCAACUGUUCGACAAUGGUGUCUGUCAACCAGCAAAAGACAAGGAUGCUGUCCAACGGUAUCAAUGGGGCUUCUCAUUCCUACAAUUGUAUAUCGUCACUAUACUACUACUAUUAUGGUCCCUAGCUUUAGUGGCCCUGUGGAAGACAUCGCAUGAUAUGCUGAAACUUAAUCACCGUGAGACUACGUCCCAAGACUGGAAAGGUCUCCUCGACCUCACAGACAAAAUCAGAAUGCAAGUGGAUCAAGCCGGAAUAGACAUCGACAGUCUAUCAGACAAGCAACUAGAAUACGAGAUACAAGAGGUCUUACAAGGCGGCUCGAUUUCAUCCCCACAAUUGCCGAAAGGCUAUUUCAACGUAUGCCGCUGGCUAUGGAGGAAGAAGUGGUGGUUUAUUCUCGUCAUUCUGACUCUGGUACUGUUUGUUUCGGAGCACCAACGACCCCGUGUUCCUUCUGCGCCAGCGACAUUAGGACCAGAGCUACAGCGCAACAUAUUACAGUUUGCACUACCAUAUACAGCAAUAUGCCUAUCAGCUGCCUUUGCUUUUGGAUCAAGCCUGUUACAGAAGGUUGUCGUGUUCGUACUUGCAAGCGGUUUAUGUAUUCCUCUCUUCUUUUACGAGACGAGCUUCCGAGAUUUUAUUUUACCUGGGACAUUUUUUGGCUUCUUUUUGGCGUUUGGGAUUGGAUCCACCAAGGGAAGUCGGUUUGUCUUGUUUUCAGUACCGUUUCUGUGCAACUACAUUGUUAUCUUUGCCUUGCACUUUCACUCAAUCGCUGUACAGCCUACUUACAAUUAUACGAUAGAGUUGUACGAUGAUAUUUAG